CUCGUCUGGUUGAAAAUGCACACAUGGGUUUGAUUUGAACUCUUCUACAAACAGCAGGACAAACGACACCGGCGUGUUGCCCCAAAUUAUCAGUGCCCUUCACCUGGAGAAUAGUUCGACAUGCGAGUAUUUCAAUCAGUUCUGACGAAUGUUAGAUUCGUUCUGUUUCUUUCAAGCUAUCACCCACUCUAUGCUUCUAUUAUUACCCCGGGGUCUCUCCAUGAUGCGGAAGCCGUCGGAUCCUUUACUCCAGAUGCCCGAGCGGGAACGGUUGGGACGCAAGGCUUGCAAAAAGAGCCCAUGGCGACGACUGGAGCAAACAAUCUGGCACAUCUGAAUGUACCCCACUCCGGACGCCGUUCAUCUUAUCUGAACACGCCUCCCUUAAAAGAACUUACCGAGAAAAUGCGUAAAGCGGCGACCAGAACCAAGAUGACCUUGGUGGAUUCCUACCCCGACCUCAGGGAUCAAUUCUACGAUGCUUCCCCCGUGACCAUUUACAAAGAUCUCAAAACCGGCAGGGAAAUGCGUACUCAGGCUCGCUCUACUGACAAAAUGGAAGAAUACAGGAAAGUAAGAGAUGAGGUCUCCGAAGCUUAUGAGAAAGCCACGAAGCAUGAAAACACUUUGAAUCUGGACAAGAUAGCAAAUGAUUAUGAAAGGAGACUAUCCCUCGGUCCCUAUUAUCGUGAUUGGCCGGCCGAGGUAUCGGGGAAGUCUUGGCUAGAAGACUACUUACUACAACUGAAGCUUCGCCAGUCUGCUAUUAAUGAACUUGAGAAGGUUCAGCAAGCUUGGGAAUCCUUGGAUUUUUCCAGAGGCCUCAGCCAAGCAGAAGAAGAGGUGAAAGCUGAGGUUUCCGACUUCCUCAAAAGGGCUGCUCAACCGGGUUUUGUGUACAAAUUCCGGCCGGAAUACGACCAAAUGACUUUGAGAGUCAAUUCCCAGUUGCGCAAAUGGUCACCAAACGCUUCUAUUGACCCCAAAAUAUUUUUUCCAAAUGUGCCCACAUUGGACCACUUCGAGGAGUAUAUUACCUCGAGUUCAUUCAUUCUAGCCCGUGCGGUUCAGUUGAAGAAACGGCCGGCCCCAGAGAGGAUCACUCAUGAUGACUUGGUGACGGUGGAGCAAGUUAUACAAACGUUGCCCCCAGAAUUCGACUUAGAGGAAGAAUUGCACCAUUACGCAAUGAUAAAAGCCUUCGAAAAAAUCUUGGAAGUUGUGCGCCGGGAAGCAACUCAACUUCUCAAGGAACGAUUCAAGCGGCGCCCCGAUAAGCUCUUAGACUCAACUCAAACAGAGCCUCAAUUAAGAAUUAUCUUUGAUAGUAGGACCGAACAAGACAUUGCGUGGGUUGAUAAGAUUUUUCAGUAUAUUUACCACACGACUCCCACAGAAUUGAUUGAACAGCUAAGGGGUGCGCCCGAUGACCAAGUCGAAAUGCGCGCUACCCUUGACCGGAACGCCGAACAACUUGCCUCCCUGUCCGAGGGUGACAAGAAAGCCCUUCGGGAUGCUUCGUCGGAUCGUCAAACCUUCCUUAAAACACUCGACGAGAUUGCGGCACACGCCCCCCAAGAGCUCUACUCCACAGUAAGACGUAUCAAAAAGGAGAUUGCCAGCUUAAAGAUUCCUGUUGAGUACGAGCUUGUCGACGCAUUACACCAGCGGGGCAUAAUUGAUCACGCGACCCGAUCAAAGUUAACCUCCGCUUCCUCCCGGCAAAACUUCCUGCAAAACGAAUUUCGAACGACUGUGAUGUCUGAAUUCAAGGGUUUCUUAGUCGAAGAAUUGCAAAGGAACAAACUUAAUCGACUCGGAAGUCCUGAAGCCAAAAUCUUGGACGCAACCGCUGGGCUGCUUGCCCAGACAGUUGUUAAUCAGCUCAACAAGGAUGCUCAAAAGUUUUACAUGGAAGCAUUUCUAAGCUCCGAAUAUGGAUUUGACAAAGCUAUGAGCUUCUACGAUCCUAACCAUCUAAAAAAUUUCGAUAGCCUCGUCAUAGAUGAACAAACGAGAUUCAAAGCCUACGUUGAAGCCUGUUUUGGUCCGGACCCCUCUGAUUACCGUCCAACUCGGGUGCAAUACACCUCAAUUAUUGAUAGAUUUCUGUCUGAAAUCAAAAUACCUCAAUUUGGGAGUAAAUCGCACACUCUUGCCAAAAUGAACAUUCGUAGUCCUGGUCUUCCAAAAGGAUCACCGGACGAAAUAUUGGUCAAAAGACUACCUAAUUUUGACGAGAGGCUUUCAACGAUAUUCCUGAAACCGUUAGCAAUGGGUGAUUGGCGUUUGGUGGAUACCUUAUUCGAAAGAUUACCCGAGAAAGCGGUUACAAACCUGAAUGCAGCAGCAAAAACAAUUUACACUAAUCGCCGAAGAAUUCCUGAACUGGAGGAGAAAAUUAAGAUAUUGACUGAGGGCAUAGGGCGAUACGAAGAAAGCACUCUGUCCAGAAAGCUUCCAGCAGUGAAAACCAUAAUGGAAUCCGUAUUGGAGGCCUUGAAGCGCCACGAGAAAAACUUCAUGCACUCAGAUACGGGAACUAGACCCACCUAAAACAUGCAUCACCUUCUCCGCUCAGUCAUGACGCCAGAGGAAUUCCGCGACUCAGAUAUAAAAACUUGUCACUGAUUCAUUGCAGCAGUUGUCCGCAAGAUGUGUGCUGAGCCG